UCUUUUUUGGAGAAACUAUCCGUAACCUGCUCUGCUAAUAUAAUAUGACCUCCAUUUAACAACAGAAUACUGCCAUUUCAUCUCAUGCAAAAUCAGCCUGCUGUCUUUAUAAUGCUGCUUCCUGAUAACGUGUUCUAGUUUUACUCAGGGUACAGUAAACCUUCUGGCAAGCUGCGCUGACUUACGGUGUAGGAAGAUAAUCAGAGAGCUUGAUCCAAAGGCAAUGGAAAGACUUCUGAGACAGGAUUAAUCACAUCUAACUUUAGAUGACUACAUUGGAUUGCUUGUAUGCGAACUUGUUUUCAGGACUCCCUUUAUAAUGUGCUGAGAGGAGCUGUGACCUUUUGAGGCUCAGGCACAGAUCUUCACUUCCUACAUCUGAAUGCCACUUCUGAAAUGAUUUCUAGGAAUGUUGGACAGGGUUCUGAAAAUGCAAACACUACAAACAACUCCAGAAGUUCUGACCUCUUUCCUGUGGAGCAAAACAGUAGCGUGCAAGGGGCUAAUUGUUCAUCCAAUCUCUCUAUUGCCUCAACCACACAAUCUACAGCAACAUCUGCAGCAGAGGAACUGAAUUUCCUAAUUGUAACAAGGUACCCUCCUAACAACCACUCAGCCCGCCAACACCACUCAGCCCGCCAACACCACUACAUCUGUCACCACUGCUCCUCAGUCCAUCAAAACCAGCGAGACAACGGUAUCAACCACAGUUUCAACAGUCACAUCCUCACAACUCAACAGUAUGAUGACCGCUUCCAAACUUUCUUCUGCUUCUGUAACAGAGACAGCGAGCAGCUGGAUCAAUUGCUCAUAAAAUCACCAUCUUAUGGAUUGAUGCUUGUAGGCUACAGGAAUCACAUAGUUGUCAACCAGCUCCUAAAGAAAAUUAAUGCUGCACCGAAAUCUGAGACUGUCAUAGCCAAAACCUCCGGAUUUGAUGUGGGUAGUUUUGUAGGUGGCAUUGUGCUGACACUUGGAAUCCUAGUUAUUCUCUACAUUGGAUGCAAAACAUAUCACUCUAGAAGAGGCAUUCAGUACAGAACCAUUGAUGAACAUGAUGCCAUCAUUUAAAGAGACUUCAGGGAAGGCAGUGGAGGAAACCCAACCUAUCAGUCACAGCUGUUUUAACUUACUUACGCAAAGAGUUCCUUCUACAAAGAUGAUCACUGUCUGUAAAGCUCUCUGUGGGUCUGAUCUUGCAGAAUGCUGAGAAUCUCUUAAGCAUUCCUGAUUUUUACGUUGGCUUUGGUAAGAGGAGGAGGAACUCAGCACUUUGUAGAAAUAGGGUUUUUUUUUGUCCCAGUGCUUGUAAUCAAAUUUAAAGAAACACACACACUGUGUCAUUUAAAGAUGCACAGACUUGUGUGAGAUGCCAAAUCACUAGCAGAAUUGAUUACACACCUAAUUAAAAUUUUAAUUAGGUUGAAUUAUUGCUCACACAUUCCCAUAAAUCCAAUGUAUUUUGUAAUGAGUAUGAUAUGCUAAGUAAUUUAGAGGCCUGUUUUAAGAGCAAGCACAGAUUUUUGCAAGUAAAACGCAAGAGUUUUUUUCUUACUCUUUUGUAUUAAAUUGCAUUUAUUUUAAGUUUGAUGUUACAUUUAACAAAUUUUGCAUCUCAGACAAUUAAGUUCAUUUUUAAACUAGUAUAGGGACAGGGUUUGCUAACUGUAUAGAAGAUGAUAAUGAACACCUGUUUUUAAAACUUCAGUCAUCAGCUCAGUGAUCUGCAGAGACUUUCCCAAACACUGUAUAGAGUGAAACUAGCUGUGGGAAUCUUGGGCAGAUUGGAGAUACCAUUCACAAAAGAAUGUCUUUCUCUGAAUGGGCUUGAUAGGAAAACACACUAUGCAAUCCUUAGCUUUUAUAUGGCAUGUCCUGUUGUCAAAAGGGACAAAGUAAAGGGAUAAAGUCAAAAGGGAAGAAGUAAUUACAGCUGUCAUAAAUAUGGAGUGUCCUGCUAAAAAUAGCUAUAGGUUGCAUGUAGCCAUCACUUCACUGUUAGUAUUAUAAGGAAGCUGUAUCCAGUAUUUUAGCAUUUGGUUAAACAUUGAUAGUGACCCAGGGAAACAGAAAAGCUGUAGGACAGCAUUUUAAAAGAAUGCAGUUCCCUGCAUUUUUGCAGGGUGCAUACAUGUGCAGAGGCCUGGUCAAAAGCCUACCGAAGGCAACAGUAGCUGCCAAGGACUUUUGGAUUAAGUCUGAAGUACACUGGUAAAAACAGCUGUACUGUUGCUGUACAGCUAUAUGCAAGACUGCUGCUGCCUUACUACCCUUGCAUUUACACUAGGGUAAACCUACUGACUCGUAGGUGGACGCCUAAUUUUCACUGGUGUAAAGAAAAUUAGAGUGAAUGACGCUGAAAAAUACAGAUCUGAAUCUCCUCUAGAUCAGUAAUUGUUCAGUCCUACUCCAUUUCCCUUUGUAGAUGCUGCUCAGGUGAAGAGUGGUGGUGUGUUGAGACUCCUGGUUACUGCUGGCACUUGUCCAUCACCCAGUGCAGAAGAGGGAGGUGGUGAUAGCUGUGGAAGGUCAGGAAGGGAACUGGGUAUGCAUGGCUGGCAGGGAUCCAGGAUGCAGUGCAUCAGAGGAAAUAAAUACAGCUCUGGCACUGUUUUUUUUUUUUUUUAAUUUUUUGUUAAGCAACAGUUUAUUCAAGACUUGCACUUUUGUGAACCUUUAAAAUUGCUGUGUGGAUGAUUUUUCCCUUUUUUGUAUAGAGUAAUAAAACCUUUCUGUUUGAGGCACAGCAAAGCCCAGCAAAACCUGGUUUAUCUACUAGCACCAGCAGCUCAUGUGAGACUGGGACUGCAUGACUACCUUGUUUUUUAAUAAAAUUAAGGUGUUUUGGGGGGGGGGGG